CUGAGGCGGACUAACCCGGAAGUAGGCGGAACUUCAUCUCCGUACAACACGAAGCUAACCGCCAGCCCCCUGUCCUCCAGGCUUUGGUUCUGUCUCCAGGUCUCCAGCCGUUCAUCAUGGUCCAAAUGGUGGGUUCGCUUCGGAAGGAGCUGGCGGACUCCCUUUCCACCUGCAAGGUGCUGGUGGUCGGCGCGGGCGGGAUCGGCUGCGAGCUGUUGAAGAACCUGGUCCUCACCGGCUUCAAGAACAUCGAAGUGAUUGACUUGGACACGAUUGAUGUCAGCAAUCUGAACCGUCAGUUCCUCUUCCAGAAGAAGCAUGUCGGCAAGUCUAAAGCACAGGUGGCCAAGGAGAGUGCCUUGCGGUUUUGCCCAUCUGCAAAUAUUGUUGCAUACCAUGACAGCAUCAUGAACCCUGACUACAACGUGGAGUUCUUCAGGAAGUUUGUUCUGGUGAUGAACGCUCUGGAUAACAGAGCGGCUCGUAACCACGUGAACAGGAUGUGUUUGGCAGCAGACAUUCCUCUGAUAGAGAGCGGCACUGCUGGAUAUCUGGGACAAGUCACCGUCAUCAAGAAGGGAAUGACCGAGUGUUACGAGUGCCAACCGAAGCCCACGCAGAAGACCUUCCCAGGGUGCACCAUUAGAAACACUCCAUCAGAGCCCAUCCACUGCAUUGUCUGGGCCAAGUAUCUCUUCAAUCAGCUGUUUGGAGAAGAGGAUGCAGAUCAAGAGGUGUCCCCAGAUACUGCAGACCCCGAGGCUUCUUGGAAUCCUGAAGAUACAGCCGCUCGCGCCACCGCCUCAGAGAAGGACGGAGACAUCAAACGAGUCUCCACCAAGGAGUGGGCUCGCUCCACAGGAUACGACCCGGUCAAACUCUUCAACAAGCUGUUCAAAGAUGACAUCUCGUACUUGCUGACGAUGGAUAAACUGUGGAAGAAGAGGAAAGCUCCUACUCCUCUGGACUGGCAGAAGCUAAAGAACUCUGAGCGUCCUAAGGAGGAGUCUCCAGUUAAGGGUUUGAAGGACCAGCAGGUUCUCGGUGUUUGGGGUCUCUGCCAGCUGUUCAAACACAGUAUCGAGACCCUCCGCUCUCAGCUGCGGGAGAAGGGAGAUGAAGCCGAGCUGGUGUGGGACAAGGAUGACCCUCCAGCCAUGGACUUUGUCACUGCAGCAGCUAACCUGCGUAUGCACAUCUUCAGUAUGAACAUGAAGAGUCGCUUCGAUGUCAAGUCCAUGGCGGGUAACAUCAUCCCAGCCAUCGCUACAACCAACGCCGUCAUCGCAGGACUCAUCGUGCUGGAAGGACUGAAGAUCCUCUCUGGGGAAAUAGAAUCCUGUCGCACAAUCUUCCUGAACAAGUGUCCCAGCCUGCGGAAGAAGCUCCUGGUCCCAUGUGUGCUCGACCCGCCCAGCAACAACUGCUACGUCUGCGCCAGCAAACCUGAAGUCACCGUCAAGUUCAACGUCCACAAAACCACGGUCCUCACCCUGCAGGACCGGAUCCUGAAGGAGAGGUUCGGCAUGGUGGCUCCAGAUGUUCAGAUCGAGGACGGGAAAGGAACUAUCCUCAUCUCCUCAGAGGAAGGAGAGACUGAAGCCAACAACAACAAGUUCCUCUCUGACUUUGGGAUCCGUAACGGCAGCCGUCUCCAAACUGACGACUUCCUCCAAGACUACACACUCCUCAUUAAUGUCCUUCACAGCCAGGACCUAGAGAGGGAUCUGGAAUUUGAGGUAGUUGGUGAGGUCCCAGAGAAGCCUCCCGCCCCUCAGCCGAACCAGGUAGAGGCCAACAGCGUCAUCAACGGCAACAAGGACUCUGCCCAGCCCUCCACCUCCUCCAAAGCCUCAGCCCCGGACGAAGAGGACGACCUGAUGAUCAUUGACCCUGAUGAUGAUGAUGAUGAGGAGGGCACGUCCUCUGGCUCUGCAGCAGCAGCAGCUCCCCACAGCGCAAAGAGGAAGCACCCUGAUGCAGAGACUGGAGAGACCUCCGUCAAACGCCCCAGGAUCAAGCAGUCGAGUGACAGAGCGUCCCCCGUCAACGAGGACGAUGAUGAUGACAUCAUCGCAUUGGACUAACCUGCCCCCCCUGGUCCCUGUAGAACUGAGAGCUCUUUCUACGCUUGUGGUUUUGACUGAAGACUGACAGAAGGCAGACGUGUAAUAUCUGAGGUGUGAAGAAAAUGACCCUGUUAGUCUUUUAUCAUAACGUCUUUCUACUCAAAGCUUUCAUACCCCCUCUGUGCGCUCUGUCACACGACUGUAAAUAGAUUCUACGUUUGAAAACUUUUGACAAAUGCAUUCGACUUGUUGUUUUUGUUCUUGUUCUGAUAUAUAAAUGCUUCUUUUGAUGGUUCAGUACUUUUUUUAGUCAUUUUUAUAUAUGUACUGUAUUUCUCAUACAAGUCCGGGUGUUCUGUGCUUUGUGGUCAAGUUGAUUUAAGAACCAAAAACAGUGGACGGGUUGAUCCGAGUCGUUCUAAAGGGACAGACGGAUGCAGCAUCCUGUCGGUGGGUUGAACACACGGCGUAUUUGACCAUGUUGGGCGUUAGUUUUCUACCUCUCUGCUUGAACAUGUUCUGGUUGUAAAUACAUGACCAUGCCCGACAUUAACCCUGCUCCUGCCAGAAGUCCUGAUCCCUCUGAGCAGAGCACAGUGGCUCCCCGUGAGCCUCCUCUGUCCCCUGAAGGCUCUGGCUAAGCACAAGCAGCUAACAUCAGGCUGGUUUCAGCUCAGUGUGGUAACGUACCCUCGUUCUGUUUGUACAAAGAGGUCUCACAUUUUAGACUGAACUCGUACAGAGUAUGAUAUCGUGGUCCAGUAAGAAUAAGCCAUCAUCUUUCAUACUGCUGUGGUUAACAUGAUGAUAAUGGGGUGCACUAAUGUAACAUAAGAACCACGGGCACAAAGUGUGCUCUGAUUCCUUUGUCAGUCCACUUCACUUCAUGGUUUUGAUCUGACUUGUGAAAAAGCCAGAAGCUCCCUUUGGACUCAUUUGGUGAACACAAUAAAAUUGAAAGGCUUCUUGUGA